AUGUCAAACAACGCAAGUCUCACGCCUGUCAAAGACUUGAAACCAUUUAAGACUAAAUGGCGAUCUCAAGUGAAAGUGCUACAUUCAUGGCUGCAAAACACUGGUUUUGGUGGGGAGACUCUUCAAAUGGUUCUGACUGAUGAACAAGGUGAAAAGAUUAGUGCUACGUGCAAAAGGAAUCACAUUUUAAGUGUCCAGCGAAAGCUACCCCUGGGAAAAUGGCGUGUUCUCACAACGUUUUCUGUUUCGCAAGCAUCAGGCCAAUAUCGGCCAACAAGCCAUCCAUACAAGAUAACGAUCAGUGACGAAACUGUGAUAUCAAAUUCUGACCUAAUUGAAUAUAGCAUCUUCCUAUCUCUUCCUAGAUACGAGGACAUCAUUGAUGGGACCUUAAAGACUAACUUCCUUAUUGAUGUUAUGGGGAAAAUCGUAAGCCUUGAACCAGUUCAAACCAUCCAAGUUAAAGGACAGGAACGCAAGAAAGUUCAAUUUCGUUUGUUAGAUGCAAAUGGUAAGGACCUUGCAUGUUGUUUAUGGGGAAAAUAUGCAGAGAAAAUGGAGGCUUAUGUUGAACGUGAGCAACCACUGAUCUGUUUGAUCAGGGUGUUAAUAGGUGAGGUGCAAAUCACAAAUGCUUUUGAUGCAUCCAUUGUUUAUCUUGAUCCAACUAUGGAGAAAGCAUUACAGUUCAAGGAGAAGUAA